AAAGAGAAUCAAAUCUCUCUCUCUCUCUGCUUUUGCUUUCCUCCUUUUGGCUGUCUCCAGUAAACAUUCUCUUUCUCCGGUGAGAAAGACUUUCCGGGGGAACAAAAGCAACAGAGCUUGGUUUAAGUUUCUGUUAGAGAAAGAGAAUAAGUAAGUGAGAGUACUAAACACAUCUUCUCCGAUGGCUGUUGCGCCGGCAAGAGCUCGUUCAGACUAUGAUUACCUCAUCAAGCUCCUCCUCAUCGGCGAUAGCGGUGUGGGAAAAAGUUGCUUGCUACUGCGUUUCUCUGAUGAUACUUUCACCACAAGUUUCAUUACUACCAUUGGAAUCGAUUUCAAGAUAAGAACAGUCGAACUUGAUGGAAAGCGUAUCAAACUACAGAUAUGGGACACUGCUGGACAAGAACGUUUCCGAACUAUAACCACAGCAUAUUACAGAGGAGCAAUGGGCAUAUUACUCGUCUAUGAUGUAACAGACGAGUCAUCCUUCAACAACAUUAGGAACUGGAUGAAGAAUAUUGAGCAACAUGCUUCAGGUAGCGUCAACAGAAUCUUGGUUGGUAACAAAGCUGAUAUGGACGAAAGCAAAAGGGCUAUCCCAACAUCAAAGGGACAAGCUUUGGCUGAUGAGUAUGGAAUCAAAUUCUUCGAGACGAGUGCAAAAACAAACAUGAAUGUCGAACAGGUUUUCAUGUCUAUCGCUAAAGACAUCAAACAAAGACUCACAGAAAGCGACACAAAGGCUGAGCCACAAGGGCUGAAGAUCACAAAACAAGAUGCUAACAAAGCCUCAUCGUCUUCUACAACUGAGAAAUCAGCUUGCUGCAGCUAUGUUUAGAAUUUCCAUUGACCGGUUCUAGUCUCUUGUCGUCAGUAACCUUCUCCAUAUAUCAUUCAGAUAUCUUCCUGAGUUCUUAUUGUUAUUGUCGCUUAGAACGAGUAGGAGAGGGACGUCAUUGAUGGGCUGUAAUCUCUAGCUUGCUUGCUAUCUCCAUUGCCUAACACUGGAAAUGGUAGACAAUGUUUCAAAGUGUUCAAAAACCUUUUUAAUUUAA